CGCAGUUUAUUUAUCAAAAAUUUAGGAAUUCAAACGAAUAGGAAAAGAAAACGGGACAUGCCGAGGAAUUGACGGAAAUUCUUUUUCUUGUAUAGUUAUUGCGCACGAAACUAGAGAUUUUGCAAUAACACUGAAAAAAGCAAGAUUUUUUUUUCUUGCAGCAUUUGAUUGCAGAGAAAAAUUUAUUUUUGUCAGCUGAAUCAGCAACUGAUGUGUUAACGUUGAACUUCUAAAAUUAUCAAUUUCAGAAAAGUUGCGAAAUCAAAUAUUAUUAAUAUAUGUCGUUUUAUACGUAGUAUAUUCAUAAAUGUAGUGAAUAAAAUUAUUUCAGAUGCACAGAAAAUUGUGUUAAAAAGUUGUGAAAGCUGAAAGUUAUACGAAUUGAUGAAUUUGGAAAUAAGGAAAACACUACAGUGUUAUGUGUAGCAAGGUGCCAGUUAUAAGCCUAACAUGCAACUACUUCUUCUGAGCUUAUAGCUAUGGAAUAUAAUAAUGUUCUUAAAUUACAUGCUGCACGACAGAUAGAUGAUGGUUACAGAUUACGAUUUCAACGCAAGUUGCAUGUUACGCAGAAUUUGGUGAAUCGUUUAGGAUUAGAAGCAGAGCUAGAAGGACAUGGUGGAUGUGUCAAUUGCUUGGAAUGGAAUGAUAAGGGAGAUCUGCUGGCCAGUGGAUCUGAUGACCUCCAAAUUCUUUUAUGGGAUCCAUUCCUGCAUAAAAAGCUACACAGCAUACCAAGUGGUCAUCAUGGGAAUUUGUUUUCUGUAAAAUUUCUUCCACACUCAAGUGAUACUACCAUUGUUAGUGGUGCUGCAGAUUUCAGAAUCAGAGUUCAUGAUGUUAUUUCUAAAGAGACAACUAUGUCUUGCAGUUGUCAUGGUGGCAGAGUUAAACGUCUUGCUAUUGCUCCUAAUGCACCAUCUAUGUUUUGGAGUGCAGCUGAGGAUGGAAUUGUAAUGCAAUAUGACCUCAGGGUACCUCAUCAGUGUUCGAAUAUAUGCAACAAUGUUCUCAUUAAUUUAGUGUAUCAUCUGGGCAGAAAUGCUGAAGCUAAGUGCAUUGCAAUAAAUCCAUUGCGGCCUGAACUUUUAGCUGUUGGUGCUAAUGAUCCAUAUGUCAGAUUAUAUGACCGUAGAAUGAUAAAACCUACUAUGGCAAAAUAUCCUAGAGAACAGUCUUCCGGUACUCCAUGGGAAAAUUUAUCUUAUUUAAAUGAUCCUGUAGAACCAGGAGAUGAUAAUUUACCACCAGGCUGUGUUUCAUAUUUCGUAGCCGGGCACUUACCAUUAAAGCAAGAUGAUUUUAAAAAACGAUACCGAACAUUAACAUCUACGUAUGUCGCAUUUAGCCCUGAUGGAAAUGAAUUAUUAGCUAAUUUAGGUGGAGAGCAAAUAUAUUUGUUUAAUAUUCUUAAAAAACGAAAACAACUUUCAUUUGAUAUGAUGGAUUUUUCUAAACCCAGAGACUCUUCAUCUAGUUCGAGUGACUCCAUUUCAUCUAAAAAAAGUUCAACGAAUGGGAUUCAUUCCAAUGGAAUUAAUGUGUCCUGUAUGUAUCAUGAAGUUCCUUCUUAUGCAACUGCUCCUGUUCAUAAAUGGCCUUCACCAUCUGCUGCUGCAAAAUUCGAAAAAUUGAAAAAGAGAGCAAAUGAAGCUUUUGAUAAACAAGAAUAUACUCUAGCUAUUAGUUUAUAUAGUAAAGGGAUUAUUAUGUUCCCUGAUAUUGCUUGUCUUUAUGGUAAUCGAGCAGCGGCGUAUAUUAAGAGAGGAUGGGAUGGUGAUCAUUAUGCUGCAAUUCGAGAUUGUUACAUAGCCAUGAAAUUAGAUCCAGAUUAUCUGAAAGCACAUUUCCGUCUUGCUCAAUGUUUACAUAAGUUACGAUGGGUUAAAGAGGCGUUGGAAUGUUUAACAGCUAUCAGAUUGAAAUUUCCUGAAUAUGCAAAGACUAAAAGUUUUGAAUCAUUUGAGACUGAUGUCAAAGUUGCUUGUUUUGCUGACAUGGAUAUAGAACGAGUUGACACUGAAAGUGACGAUGAUUCCAGCAUAUCUGGUGCAUCGGCAGCCAGUAAUUCUGUGAACAAACGUCGUUCAAGUUCUGUUGCUAAAGCUUUACUUGCCAUCUCCGAUCAGGAGAAAGCUUGGAGAGCGUCUGCUUAUGACUAUGAAGCUAGAUUUUGUGGCCAUUGUAAUACUACUACUGAUAUUAAAGAAGCUAAUUUUUUUGGAAGUAGUGGACAGUUUAUUGUUGCUGGAUCAGAUGAUGGAUCUAUUUUUAUAUGGGAUAGAAUUACUACAAAUAUUGUUAGAGUUUUGCGUGGUGAUGAAUCUAUUGUGAACUGUCUACAGCCACAUCCCAAUACUUGUCUUCUAGCAACGAGCGGAAUUGAUCCAGUUGUGAGAUUGUGGGGACCCAGACCUGAAGAUGGUUCAAAGGAAGAUCGUGUAAUCUGUGAUUCAGAAGAUGCUGCAGUAGCUAAUCAACGAAGAAUGAAUGCUGAUCCUUUAGAAAUUAUGUUACUAAACAUGGGUUAUCGUAUACCUGGUGUGCUAGAACAUAUUUCUGAGGAAUUCGAGCCAAGGAAUGGCCCUGAUAGAAAUGUUGUUCAGUGUCGAACAAGUUAGAAUUUACUUCAUCAAUAUUGUAAAAUUUUUGUACAUAUAAACUGUGAAAACAUAAGUGAGGAGAUACUCUCUAGUACAAAAAAUUAUAUUAAGUGUGAUAUAAUGCCAAGGUAUUGAAAAGGCUUGUGUUAGAUAGUUGUUAUUUGAUUAAGCAUUCAUAUAUGAAGCAAAUUAUUUAUUUAAAAAGAAACCUUUAAGAAAAAGGCUGAUACAUAUUUUAUAUUUUCAAAUCAUGCUGAAAAUUUAUAGUUUGAUCCAUUUGUAAAUAUUAAUUUCCUUAAUUCCGGGGUUUUUAUUUGUAUAUAAGAAACUCAAAAAUCAUAUUAAUGUUGCAGUGAUAAACUUUCUUUUGACAGAUUUAGGAAAUUAAGAUAUUUGCUCUAAUAAUGUUUCAAUUUAAAAAGCUCAUUCAUUGAUACUCAUGUUGAUAUUUGUUCAUAUUUUUAUAAUUCUCAAUGUAUGUUUUAAACUCAAAGGACUCUUAAACUUUUAAUUGUAAGGAGAAGAAAUAAUUUUUUUGUAUACUUAUAGAAUUGUAGAAGCAUGCUUAAGUAUUUUUAAGCUUCAAGGUACAACAUUUCUUUUAAAUGCUUCUAUUUAUCUGUUGUUGAUUCAUUAUGCAUGAUAAUUGUUUGCAUUAAAAUAGCUUUGAAAGUAUUUUUGUAAUAAAACUGACACAUACCGAAAAUGAACUAUCACGGUGACACAUAACGAAAAUGAACUAUGGAGGAUUAAGGACCAAAGCAGAUUUUUUUUUUUUUUUGCUUAUAAAUUUGGAAUUGUUUUCUUUACAAAUAUGUAUAUGUAUACAACAAGAGCAAUUUAAGGCCGUUAUGUGUUGCAAUAAUAACUUAUAAAUUAUUUCUUCAAUUUUUAAUAGAACUUUUUGAGUUUUUUUUCGAUUAAAAGACAAUUUUGUGAAACAUUACUAGUACGGGAUUCAAAUUGGUUUAAUUUAUUAAUAAAUGUAUCAAAACUAGACAUCGGAACAUUUCUUAACAGUAUAUAACAAAUAUGUUAAAAUUAUUCUUUGAAUGCUUCUCCCCUACAUCUCUGGUUUCACAUGCUUUGUUGUAAUGCUAAAAUUUGAAACAUGUUGAUCAGUUGAAUGUCUUGAAAGUCGAAUUAAAAAAAAAAAUAUUUUUGCAAUUCAUUUGAAAUCAAUUUUUUUGCAUGAUUUCUAAAUAAUUAAACAUAUGUACAUAUGCAAUACAUUUUACUGUUAGAAGUAGAUAAUUCCUUCCCCUAUACCAUUGACAUUCAAACAACUUAUGGAACUUAUUGGUUACUAUUAAUUUCCAAAUGAAAAUUUUCUUUCUGUGUUGAUUAAUCAUUAAUUGCAUUUGAAAUGUGAGGCAAUUUUUUUCAGUUUGAGAAGUUUCUUUAUCAUAAUUAUGUCAAAUCAAGUGUGCAAUUUGAAAGCUUACUUUUAAAGGGAUAUUUUUAUUUUUAAGACUAUGCAGCUGAGUACUGUGGACAUCUCGAAAUCCAUCGCUCUUUUUAUUUUAUUUAUGUAAUACAAAACUGUUAUGUAUGAGUUAAUGAUACUUCUUAAUAUUGGAAAUUUUAAAUUGUUAUAUGAAUAUAGGGUAUUUUUAUGGUUUUGUUUUUCCUGUUAUGCUUCAUAUAUUUAUUGUUGAUAAAUUUUAAUUUUUGUUGUUUUUUGCUUUACUUUUUCUUAGUUUAUAUAGUACAGUUCUAAACGAUUUUUAUAUAUUUAUAAAGCAUUGAUAUUAAAUUUGUCUUAACUUCUAGAGCUGAUAUUUCUUAUUAAGUUUAUCCAACUGAUUCUUUUGCGGUAGAAGUACUUAAUAAAAAUAACUUUUUUAGAAAAAUGUUAGAGGACAUGUAUUCUAAAUCUCGUUUUCAUCACAUUAGGGGUAUAUUUCUUUUUGAAAUUAAAUACACACUUUCCUGAUGGUUAUUUUUAAAUGCCAGUGAGUUCUAGUUCUCUUUUACAAAAUUGGCUAAUUGCUUCAAUAAUAAAAAAAAAAUCACUGUGUUAUCAUCAUCAUCAUUAUUGAACCUUAUACAGAGACAGCAGAUAUAAAUUCAGUUUUGAAAUUAUUUUGCUAGACAGUUUUUUUUUUUUUUUAAUUUUAUGUGCAAUGUUUGACUUUUUUGUUGUAUGGGGAUUUGGUGUGAAAAAUUUAAUUUUCAAAUGUUUCUUUGUGAAUAAAAUAUUUGUUUUAUUGAAAAUUUAGAUAUUUCACUAUGUUACGAUUUUUUUUUCUUCAAAUUUAAUAAAUUUUUAUUCAAUGUCGGUUUGUCAGAUCAGAAAUGAGAAAUGCUGCAAAAAAUAGUUCACAUAAAAUGCAAUUAGAAUAUAAUUCUUAAUAAACAAGAACAGCUUUGCCAUUAAAUUGCCCAAUAUUUAAAAUUAUUAUUAUUAGAGUUGCAUUUUAGAAAAUUAUCGAUUUUUUUUUUUUUUUUUUUUUUUUUUUAGAUUUGUGAUUCCAAAUAAUAGAAAACGGAUUGUAUUUAAACAAUUGCUCCACUAUUGUAACAUGAAAGCGAAAUCAGAGCCUAAUAUUUUUAAUUGUGAUUUUACAUUGCAUUUUAGAAAAAAAUAUAGACUUAUACUUUUAUAAAUAAAUGACUCCUAAUAAUAUAAAAUUGAUAUUAUUUAAAGAGAUAGAGGUCAGGGUAACGUGAAAGUGAAAUUAGAACCCUUUUUUUUUAUCAUUGACAAUAUACAUUUAACUUGCAGUGUGUUAAAAUAAAACAAGUUAAAAAUAUAAACUAUCGUAAUGAAUAUGUACUAUAUAAUGGAUAUAUUCGAAGACAUGCAGUUAAGACUUCUGAAGCUGUAUUGUAGCGAAUGUUCUAAAUUGGGUUUUCGUUUCACUUGAAUCGAUUAAAGAAAUUCACUGGAAAUGCUGCUGUUAUUAAAGAAUAUAUCUUUUGCAAAUUUACUUACUUAUUUAUUAACUAAUUAUUAUUUCCAUUAGUAAUAUUAUUAAGUAAUAUUUCUGUUAGUAUUACUGGCAUUCUUUCAUUAGAUUAACUGAAAAAGAUAAUGAUGAAUCAGUUUUUUUAAGCUGACUUUCGGUUUCUUCUAUGAAUUUUUGUGUUAGAAAACUUCAAAAAAAAUUCUUGUUUAUUUAUCAGAUAAUCAAAAGGAUUGGAUAAAAGAGGCAUUUAAGAUCAAUGCUUUAUUCAAUAUAUUAUAAAUAAACCGUCAGUAUUAUGAAAUUUUUGGUGCAAACAUACUUCAAAAAUUUAUAUGUUCUAAGUUUCUCUCGAAUGUUUAUUAUAUUUCAAGAUUUAAAUUUUUGAUAAGAAGCUAUGCAAGAUAAGAAUUAGAGUUUAUAAACUGCUUUAUUUUUAAAAUGGAUUGCAUGUAAAUUGUAUGCAUUGUGCUUUACUAUACGAUUUUGCUUGUAUAUAUAUAAAAUAUUAAUGAAUUUCUAAAAAUAUAUUUUUUUGCAUAAUUAACUUUAUUUAUUGCUUUUAUUUGAGAAUGAAUUCCUUCUAUGGAAGUCGGGAAUAAAUAUAACAGUGUGUAGCAUUAAUAUGUUCUUGCAUGUAUUGUUAUGAGUAAUGAUAUUUUAUUGCUAAAUCGAAAUAGCAAGCUGAAAAAAUGCAUUUAUCACUGCAAGUGGUUAACAUUGAAUUAAAAAAAUAUUCAAAAUUUAAGAAGUACAUUUAUGAGCUAUAUUUUAUAGCUUUUCGUCUAUUUAAAAUUUAUGAAAAAUUGCACUGAGUCUGCUUUAAAAUGAUCCAUAAUUGUGUUUGUUUUUUAAUUGUUUAAGAUUCCUUUAUCUUUAUGUGACAUAAAUACUUAAUUGCUAUUGCGAAAUAUUUGUCAUUACAUGACGCUUUCUCAGCGUUUCACUCUUGUCACUAGUCACUGAUUUUAAAUUCAUAUCUAAUUCUGUAUUUAUUGAAAAAAAAUUUCUCUUUGUUUUUUUCCCUUAUAUAUUAUCAGUCGCUCAAGCCACAAUCGAUAAAUGUUUAGUUUUAUAUAUAUAUGUGUGAAUGAAUUUGCUACAUACAUAUAUAGCUUGUCAUUUAGUUGUUUUUUGUUUGAAUUGAAAUGAUGUAGAAUCUUGUUAUAAUUUUAUUAUUAUUUUUUAUUUUUUACUAAAGUUUGUAGAAAAAAUUCAUGAUUAUAUAAUAUUAUCCAACUAAAAGUUUAAAGCUGAAUAAUUAAAAGCUUAAUAUUGAAAAUAUAAUUAUAUAAACUAAUUACUCACAAAUUGUUUAUUAGAUUCUUAUAUAUAAUAUUAAUUCUUUUGAUCAGGUACCAUUUUUAUGUAUUUUAUAUUAUACUUAUUUAUUCUUAUUACUGUAUAAAAACAAUUUUUGUUAAAUUGUGAUAUUCGUAUUGUCAUGCCAUCAAAUCUUAAAUUCCUAAACAGAUUUCACAGUAUUUUAAGUUGCUGAAAGAAAAGCUUUUCAAACUUAUUUAAAUUAAUUUAAUGUACAUGAAGACUGUUAAUACAGUUUUUUUACUGUGAUCAUUAACUUAUUUAUUGUUGUGUAUUUUUUUAUGAUUUCGGCAUUAUUUAGUUUAAAAUGCUCAUGGCCUUAAAGGCAUAUGUUGUAUUUGAAAAUGAUUAAUGCUUUUAAUAUUGUGAUUUUGCAUGUGCAUUAUUUUGUGUUCAGUCAAAGAUUUUUAGUGAUGAUAAUGUUUUAGUACAGAUGUGGUAAGCAAGUAAAUAUUUGUGUGAUUUUUAUAUAAGUCCUAAUUCAUAUGUUUCAAUUUUUGAACAGUUAUGAAGCACACUUUAACGUCAUUAAAAAUGGUUUAUGGAAAAUUAUACCCUAAAAUAAAAAUAAUACUAUGCUAAGUAAUAUUUGUAAUGAACUGACUGAAUAAUCAUUUUUGAGUUGUAGUUUUAUGAAAAACGCUCAGAAAUAUUGGUUAGUAUUGAAGUCAGCUUCAUUUAAAAACAAAAAGAAAUGUAUCUAAAAAAUGCCCUCUACUUAAUUUUUCUGAAACGAGACAUUGAUGUUUAACAAUUUGUUUGGUAACGGCUUGUGUACAAAGUUCCAGGUCCUCAAUUUCAUGAAAGUUAAAUACACCUAUAAUAUUUACUUAGAUGGAAAAAUCGGCAUUUUUAGUCCAUGAACAUCAGCUAAUUUUGCAAUACUAUGGAAUGAAACAUAUAAUAAAUAGCAUCCAGAUUUCUGUAUUUUAAAGGAAUAUUGAAAUUCGUGUUUCUUCUGAUAAGCAGUAAAUUGUUUUUUAAGAAAAAAUACAUAUAAAGUAAACUUCAGCCGGCCGCGGUGUUUUCAACAUUCAUACUUCACACUUCAAAAUUAAUUUUCAAUGGAGAUAGUGUAUUAGAAAAACACUAUCAGGUCAGUUUAAACUAGAAAACAUGUAUAGUUGAACAAAUGUAAUUAAAAGUUAAAAAUAAAGCGAAUUUUAAUUGAAAAAUUUUUUUUUUACUGCUUAAUAAGUAGGUAUAUGAUUUUUUUCAGCUGCUGAGUUAGCUUGUAACAAUGACUGGCGCAAUUCUUGGUAAGGAGCCUAGUUUUUCAGUGUUUCAAUGCCUCUUAUAGAUUCCCCAUCUUUCUUAAUUUGGGUGAAUUUAAAUAAUUAUUGGUAAGGAGCCCAGUUUUUCAGUGUCUCUCAUAGAUUCCCCAUCUUUCUUAAUUUGGGUGAAUUUCCAUUGUAAAAUUUUGCUUUUACAAUUCUGUGCCUUUUUUUGGUAUGACAGUACGAUCAACGCUCUAUUGUAUGAAUGAAAUGCUGUACUGCAUACAAAUGAAAUUCUAAUUUUUGACGUCUUAUAUGCAAACAUUUAAGAUUGUGCAUAUGGUCAAAAUCAUGUUCUAUAAAAUCGUGCUUGGUAAAGGUUUAAUACAUAAUAAAAGCAUAUCUUUUCUUCUGUUAUAUAAUUUAAAAAAAAUCUUAUGUGUAUUGUUUAAAAAGUUUGUUGAAUGUUAUAUUGGAGUUUGCUGAAUUAAUUAAAUUAAGGUUAUAGAAAUUUUUCAUUGACUUUUUUUUUGUCAUUUUUUUUUUUUGUUGAACAAUAUUUGCCUCUAGUGCAAUUCAUUUUAUUGGCUAAUUAUAGUAUAUUUUUUGUGUAAUUAUUUAAGAGAAAUUUUAUUUUAAUGUUUGUAGGAAAUCUUUACCGUUGCAAUAUUCUCAAACGCCAACAAAAAUGACUAACAUUCCACAUGAAUUAUUUAGUAUUCUGGUAAAUAUUUCUAUAGAUAGAUGUCUUUUCAUGAUUAUGCAUAAACAAGCAGUAGAUCUAUAUAAAUGUGUUGAUAACCCUUGACGUUUGUUAAUUUUUGAAAAAAAAAAAUAUACUUCAUUUUCCUGAUCUUUAAAAUUUAGUUCUUAAAACAGCAUUUGGUCCAUCGAUAUAUUUGUAUAUUUAGGAUGUUAGUCAUUAGAAAAUAAGUUGAAAUAAAAAUCAUAUGAUAUAUUAGAAUGUUGAAAUUUCUGUGUUAUAUGUUAGCAUCAUAUUUACAUCAGAGAACUCUUAUUGUUUAUUUUUUUGUUGGUUUUAUCAAAUAUAUAUUCUAUUUCUGUUAAAAUUUAAUUUUAAGUUGUAUUGUUUUUGUUGAGGUCGCUUAUUAACCAUUAAUUUAAAUUCCAGCUUUUUGCUUCAUUCAUUUUCUUUUGAUUCCAUUGAAUGCAGAAUUUUAAGAUAGAAAUUAAUACAAGAUUUGUACACAUUUCUUCGAAGUGUUGCUUUACCAAUGAGAUUAUUACAAAUCAUAUUCAUUGCAACCGAUAUUUUUUGUACUUUAUUCUUAAGCUUUCAUUUUGCUUUCAGAAAGAAUUCUGCCUUUUCUUAUGUUCAUGAGAUGCAUCUUAUAGUUAGGCUAUACUGUAAGACAUAUGUUUUCUUAACCUGACGCUUACAUUAUUCUGAUAAUCUUUAUUCUUUUCUGAACAAUGAUAAGUAGUGACAUUAUAAAAGUGUUAAAAAGUUUUCUUUAUUUUGAUAACUUUUUUAGAUCAAAAUUUCUUCCUUGUUCAAAAAUUUCAAUUUAGAAAUUAAUUUUUUUUUGUUUCCCUUUAAUUUGUGUUAAUGAAAUUAAAAAACAGAAUAAUGUCUGUUGCAUUAUAUCUUUCUCAAUAGUUACAUUUUUGAUAAGCACAGCAUUUGUUUAUUUGAUGAACAUUUUAGUCAUCAUCAUUAGGCUUCCUUAAUGACCAGAAACUUUAAAUUUUAAUAUUAUGUUUAAAAUAAUUAUACAAUAUAUAAAUUUUAAAUCCCAAGAAUCUAAAGUAAAAGUUGAUUUAUUUAAUUUAUCUUCAUUGAAAAAUAGUGUUAUUUUUUUACAAAAUUAUCAUUGUUAUUAUUAUUCACUGGAAUGUGCAAUCAACUGAGGAUUUCUCUAUGUUCAUUAUUUUAUUUGCUAAAAAUAUUUGUUUUAUUAAAUAUUAUUCAAUGAUUCAUAGUCAAAUUCUCUUACUCUGCAAAAUAAUAUAAAUAACUUAUUUUUUUUUAAACUUCACAUUGUACUUUAUGAAAAAGUGCACAGAAUUAAUUUACUUUAAAAGACAAACAAAUUGUGUCAUGGCAUAAUGUCUUACUGAAAUUUAAAUGAAAUAUUGUUUAUAAAGUCAAAUGGAAAUAUGUUGUGGUGUAAUAAUUAUUAAGGGGCCUUGUUAGAUAGUUUGUCGGCUGUGUUUUUAUGGAUAAUUUCUAUACCUUAGAUAUGAAAUAUUUCAACUUGCAAUAUGCUUUAGUUAAAAAAAUCAAUGUACAGCCAAUAAUAUAUUCUGUAAAUGGUUUGUUUGAUACUGAUUUUUAACAUUAUCUGAAUUAUGUUUUGAUGUAUCAUAAGUUUUGGUUUACUUACAGAUUUUAUGAAAAUAAAAUGGAGCUAUGCAGUUUUGUUA